GCGGGCGGCGGCUGCGGCGCCGCGGCGGCUGCGGCGCGCUCCCCGCCCCGGCGCCUCCGCGGAGGAGGGCGCAGCCGGACGCCCGCCUCGCAGCAGCCGCCACCGCGGCCGCACCACCAUCCCCCGCGCGUCGCGGCGCCGGGGGCAGCCAUUUUGCGGGCCGCGGCCCGGAUGACAUGUUCUGCGUCGUACGUGCCGCCGCGGCGCGGCGCCGCCCUCCACGCGCGGCGCCUGCGCACUGCGCCCAGUGGCGGCCGAGCCGGGGCAGCCUGAUCAGCGCCGCGGCGGCGGCGGCGGCUUGAGACAAAGCGCCCGGCUAAUGAAUGGGACGCUCCUGCCCGACCCUUCCUUUUAACUCCUUCGGGCCCGGCCCGCGGCCCUGGCAGCGGCGACCUCCGGCUUCCCCCGCGGCGGCCGGCCGGGGAGAUCUGCGCUGGGAUAGCUGCUGACAGCGGACACCAGUUGUACCGUAAUACAUGCUGUUGGAUUUUGAAGGGCAUCCUGUAUAUUCUGUAUACUUAAAGUUGUCUACUGCACGUGCAAUCUACUGAAAGUCUAAAAACAUUUAUUAAUGGGAUGAAAGCUAAGUAUCUGGAAGGCCUAUUUUGCAUUGGCGGUGCUUCUAAUUACUGCUAAGUGUAGCAAUGUUUUGCUUUAUAGAGUAGCAAAAAGUUGGCUCUCCCCCUUCUAUUCUGCCUGGUGCUUCUGUGUUUGAAGCAGUUGUGUCUCAUUUUGUUUGGGGGUUUUUGCAGAGUUUCAAUAAUUUGCCAUGAAUUGUCAUGCUACAACUAUAAGGCUGAGUAAAGAAAGGCUUUCCAGCCCCCAUAGCGUAAACAUACUUAUCCCGCUUUCCGUAUGUGUUGUUUUCCAGUAUGUGCUAUGGUGUGUUUGCAUGUGUUUUGCUUUUUAAGAGAGUGAACACGAUUAUUUUUUUCUUCUGAAGAUUACCUUCCAUAAUGCAACAUUUCACUUAAAAUUUAGACAUGCACCCUUAGGAGGAUGUUUGUGGAGUACGUAUUUGGGGAAAUGAAGUCUGGAAAACUUUAUCAUCUGUCACCAAGAUACCACACUGCCGCUAGAAAUCCUGUAUUUGUACAAGUUUUUUUGGGGGGGAGGGGAGGGGAUGGGCUUUUUAGUUAUUAUUCGCUAUGGAGUCUGUUUUGGGUGAGGAAAAAGAUCUUAUAGCCCUUCAUUGUAUAUGAAAAGCAGCAACUGUUCUUGUAUGGAUUCUUAGAAAUUUGAUUACUGUCUGGUUAUUCUGCUAGGGAUAAGAUUUGUGGGCAAAGUGUUGAAAGUUUCUUUAUGAUUGAAAAUCCAUCUACUCUGGGGCUUUCAGUAUUGCUAAUAUCUUCGUACUUUAACAGGUGUUGAGAGUAGGAAUUUAUUCUGCACAAGUUCCAUGGGGAAGACAAGUAUAAAAAUGGAUUGAGAAUAAGUCAAAUGAGCCUCAAAAAUGGCUAAACCGCAUCUCGGGGAAAAGUGUUUUCUAAUCAUUUCUACUUUUCAGUAAUAGAUGUCCAGCUCAUUUACUGCUACAAAGCAAAAUUGUGACAGAUAGAGCAUCCUCAAUUGUGAUGCAAAAGUCAAAGUAUACAGCUGAUGAGCUUAGAGUACUGCUUACUGUGUUUAUGUUACCUUGUCUCCUACUGCCUCCAUCUCUGUUUGGUUUGUCCAUCUAUUUAGGCUCAUUACAAACCAAGGCUACAAACUUUCUGAACAGGAAUUGUGUUGGCAAAACAGACAGUAUGAUGGGGUCCUAGAGCUUGGUUAGUGCCAAGCGGGUCUACUUUAAUACAAAUAAUACAUCAGUAAGGUUUAUAACAGGUCCUUUGGACAUCCAAGAAGACAAUUCAGUUUCACACACAUUUAUUUAAAAUUGUCUGUCUUGUUAUACACAAUAUACAAUAAAUGGGAUCCUCUGGUAAAAAAUUCUUAACAAGUAGGUAUUACAGAAGGAAGUCUUAGCAAAUCCUUAGUUUGUAGGGAAUAGUUGCUCUUUUAUGUGGCCUUUGACUCUAUUACAUCACUUUUUGUCUCCUUUUCCUUGGAACUUGUUUUUUUUCUCAUUUUCCACGACCUAAAGACAAAGUUUUGUAGCAAUUUCUUUGUGACUAAGAGGAAGUUUGGAUUAAGGAAUGCAGAUGCUUUGGGACGUUCCUCCCAACAUAUUGCUGCGUUUUACCACCAUUGACAGCCUGGAAGACUGUAUGUAAGGGGUCUCUGUAAAUUCUGUCUUUUGAGGCCUUGUUUUAAUCUAUAGGAGUUCUCAUGUCCAAAAUGAGCAUAUUGUGUUUGCCAUGGUAAUGUACAAUUAAAACUGUUUAAUGCAAAAAGCUGUGAUUAUACGUGUAUAUUUGGUUAGAUUUAGGUAGAAGGCAUUAUUACAGAUAGUAUAGUUGGAAAUUUUGCACAAUGUAGACCGUAAUGUUUAAUUCCUCCUCAUGUUUGACUUUUUUCUUAAAUAAGGGUAGCUUAAGUAUUUUAUUAGUAUUGACAGAAAUAAAUGUAAUUUGUGUAAUGUUGUCUGUUCUAGCUGUAUACUUUUAAAACAUGCUUCAAAAAGGUGUUCUCUUGCAUAGCAAAUACGCAUUUUCUGUGCAACUUCGGCUGUUUAUUUUGCAUUUGCUACUGGCAUCAUUACUAUCUGUCGCCAAUUCACAGCCAUGGGAUUGUUUAAUUUCAGCUGCUUAGUGAAAAAAUGGAGCAAUUCCUGUGGCCUAAAGAUGGCUUUUAAGUGAAAUCUAGAGUUUAAAGUUUUAGAAAUAACACAGAAGAAGUAAGAGCAACUAACACAUUUUUCAGUUUUAUCUCAAACUAGAGAAACUUCUGUCCUGAACAAUACAUAAUUUACAUACUCUCUUGUUUCUUUCCUCUCUGAUGAAGCACAGCAUAACAUGAUGGCCUGCUAAAAUAACAGCAGGGAAACACCUUGAUUUUUAAGGUCUUAUUUUUGUUCAAGUUUAGUAACCCAGAACAAGCUGUGACUUUUUGAUAUUGAACAACAUAUUGGAAAGAAAAGUAUCAGUCUUUGAUAUCAACAGUGUAAUAUUGUUUUCAGUGGAUGUUGACAUAAGAAAUACUAUGGUAUUACCAUCAUUUUUAUUUAAAUUAGCAACUUGUGUGCACUGUUUAGCUGUUACAGCACACUUGCCUCCCUUCCAUCUCUCUCUGCUUUCCCCUCCCACUCUGCUUUACAGUGACAUGCAGGGUUGAACAAUCAUUCAUGGUUUAAGUAGGGUACUAGUUCAUCUAGUUCAUUAUGAUAGCUGUCCACAAGCUUUUUUUUUUUUUCUUCUUAAGUCAGCUUUGCUUAAAAAAAAAUGCUAGUUUGCGUUCUCUACUGCCACGCAGAUAUAUUUUUUCCAUUGGUAUGGUAAAAGUCAUUUUGAGUGCUGUGAGUUGCUCUGAUUUUCUGUACAUUUAAUACAAAAGCUAGCUCUGGCUUUCUGUAAUCAAUAAAUUGAAACUUAUAUCUGAAAAUAGGCUUGUUUUAACAGCUGUGACAUUUUAGUAAGUCUCUGGUGAGUCUUUACAAAACGUAUGGAAAAAAGGUGUUUAGAAUUAAUACUGUGCUAAUAUUUUCUCAUAUACGACAGCAAUCUAAGAAUAUGUACCAGAUAUGUUCAUUUCAUUAGCACUUUAAUAAUUAUGCUGCUUACCUGUUGCUAUAGUUCUGUAUGCUAUUUUCUGAACUAGUCUUUAUCUCUAAAGAAAGUAAGCUCAGAUCCAGCUGAAAAGACUUUUUCUUUGUUAUUCUUUUCACUAAAAGAAGCAAUCAAGAAAAUCCAAACAUUACUUUGAAUUGAAUUAAAUAUUUGGCUCAGCUUUCAACUAUUUUUCUAGUCAUCUUUUACAAAUGAAAGAAUGGGAAUGCAAGAGAUUUUUAUUGUUGUCUUCAUCGUUCCUGAUGUUCCUAAAUAAACAUGUUACUUGUGUCCCUUUCUUGCCCAUAGUCUGAUGGCUCUGGCACUUGCAAGGAAUGCGGGAGAGCCAGGUUCAGGUCCCUUCUUCACCUGAGGAGCUGAAUUCACAUCUCCAGAGAGCUCCCUAACUGCUCCUGCUGAGUAUUCUGAAUUGGAUGGUAUAAAAGAAUCACAGUUGCCCAAUCAAGAUGAACAGAAUGGCUUCCUUGACCAAGAAACCAGAACAUUCAGUUUUUAGGGUUAUGUCUACAACAUGAAGCAUUUAACAGUAGCUGUCUUUGAGAACAUUCAUCUAUGACCUGAAAUGUCCUGAUCCUGGGGAAAAAAUUGUGAUUCCAUUAAUUAAGUCUAUAAUUUUUAAUGCAUUUUUACAACUAAUUCAAUCAUAUUUGCUUAUGCACAACACAGACACAGAAUUCAUAGACCAGAGAUUAUUUUAACAAAUAAACACAUUUGUGUUUGUGCAUUCAGUAUUCAAGAUACAUCAUUUAAAUCAAUUUUAAAUAAUCUUUUAAAUCAUCUAUAUUUAUUAAUAAAUGACUAUUUGGCAAAAAGAAUUUGUCAGCUAUUGAAAAGAGUAAAGCAAGUUCCCCCAGAAUGGACAAUAAUUUUGUUUUGGGUAAAAUCAACAAUUUAAAAGUAGAGCACGCACAAGACAGCAUUAACUGUACUCUAGAAAGAAUGGAUAUAAAGACAGAACAAGAUGAUUUCAAACAUGCAGACAGCAGCGAUGAACAAGAAGACAGAGAAAAGAACUUCAUUACCAACAACCCUGGCAAAUUUUUAUCUACAGAAAAUGAAGAUGAUUAUGGUUCUCUUUUUUCACAGUAUAGUAGUACGCUGUAUGAUGUAGCAAUGGAAGCUGUGACACAAAGUCUUCUUUCUAGCAGAAAUAUAAGCUCCAGAAAAAAAUCACCUGCUUGGAACCAUUUUUUUAUAUCUCCAAGAGAUAGCACUAAAGCAAUAUGUAUGUACUGUAUGAAAGAAUUUAGCAGGGGUAAAAAUGAAAAGGACUUAAGUACGAGUUGUCUCAUGAGACAUGUGAGGAGAGCCCAUCCUACUGUACUAAUUCAAGAAAAUGGAAGUAUGCCAGGUAUAUCCUCCUAUUCUUCACCUACAUUGUUACUUCCUCCUCAGUCUGCAGAUGUUGGAGAUCUAAGUACUAUGCUAUCCCCUAUAAAACUGGUCAAGAAAAUGGCAUCUAAAAUACCAUCUCCAGAUCGAAUAAUCGAGGAAUCUGUUUCUAUUGUUUCUUCUGAAGAAAUAUCAGAUCUCUCAGUUUCUGAAAAGUGCAGCAAAGAAGAAAUAAUGGUUGGGUCAUCUCCACAGCUACCCAACAACCAGUAUGAUGAAACUGUGGAAAACGUAGCAGAAAAAACUGUUGUAAUUCCAAAGAGUACAUCAGGUUCCAGAAGGAGAUCUGCUGUCUGGAAACACUUUUAUUUGUCACCUCUAGAUAAUUCUAAAGCUGUUUGCAUCCACUGCAUGAAUGAAUUCAGUAGAGGAAAGAAUGGAAAAGACCUGGGAACAAGCUGUUUGAUAAGACACAUGUGGAGAGCCCAUCGUUCCAUUGUCCUGCAAGAGAAUGGAGGUGGUACCAGUAUACCACCUCUCUAUACUGCACCUCCAACCCUGUUGCCUUCUUUACUGCCCUCUGAUAGUGAUCUGAAUUCUAUGUCAUCCUCUCCUGGAAAACUAAUGAAAGAAUCAACUUCUGUUUCUUCUUCUCCAGACAGACUGACUGAGGAGAUCCACACUACACUCUCUUCUGGAGAUGUUCUAGUGGAAGACUCAUCAAUGCUGUCAUCUUCUGAUGAUAUAGGUGAAGUCUCCUUUGUUUCUUCACCUGAGAAGCAGUGUGAGGGAUUAGGUCCACUAAUAUUUGAACCUGCUGCUGUAUUUCAGCAAAAUAAAAGGAUUAUGAAGAGGCUUAAAUCAGAAGUUUGGCAUCACUUUUCACUAUCACCUGCAGACAGUCUAAAAGCAGUAUGUAGAUACUGCAGCUGUAUGAUAAGUCGUGGUAAAAAAGGAGAUGUGGGCACAAGCUGCUUGAUGAGACAUCUAUAUAGACGCCAUCCUGAUGUAAUUGGAAACCAAAAGAGCUUUAUUGAUGUUAGUUUGGCAAAUUCUCCUUAUGCCACCUUGGCUUCUGCAGAAUGUUCAUCCUCAAAGUUGACAGACUUGCCUACAAUGGUUACCCAUGAUAAUCAAAUUAUAUUUCCUGUUAAUAGCAAGAAGACCUCAAAACUGUGGAAUCACUUUUCAAUUUGUUCCGCAGAUUCAACAAAAGUAAUAUGUAUGCACUGUGGACGUACAAUAAGUAGGGGGAAAAAGCCAACAAAUCUGGGCACAAGUUGCCUUUUAAGACAUUUGCAGCGGUUUCAUAGCAAUGUAUUGAAAACUGAUGUCUCGGAGACAGUAUUAUCCUCAUCUACGGAUAAUCACAUGCCACUGAGCACAGAAUUAUUAGGAUCUUCAACUUUUGAUGAAACCAAUGACAAGUUUUGUGACUCUCACCCAGUUGCCAAAAAAAUCACAAGUCUUGUAGCUGAAAUGAUUGCACUUGACCUUCAGCCAUAUUCUUUUGUAGACAACAUUGGCUUUAACAGGCUUCUUGAAUACUUGCAACCUCAGUAUUCUUUACCUUCUCCAUCUUACUUUUCUAGGACAGCAAUUCCAGAUAUGUAUGAUAAUGUAAAACAAAUAAUUAUUUCACAUCUUAAGGAAGCUGAAAGUGGAGUGAUCCAUUUUACAUCUGGAAUAUGGAUGAGCAACCAAACACGAGAAUACCUAACCCUUACAGCUCAUUGGGUAACAUUUGAAUCCUCAUUUCGACCACAGUGUGAGGAUUACCAUUGUUCAGCACUAUUAAAUGUAUCACAGAUUGAUUGUGACUACAAUGGAAUCAGCAUACAAAAGCAGUUAGAGUACUGGUGGGAAACGUGGAUUACUUCCAUUGGCCUUCAGAUUGGGAUUACUGUUACUGAUAAUCAGAGUAUAGAAAAAACCUUAAAUGAAGGUGAUCAUUCAAGUGUGCAGUGUUUUAGUCACACGGUUAAUAUCAUAGUAAAUGAGGCUAUUAAAAGCCAGAGAAUGGUUCAGAAUUUGCUUAGCAUUGCAAGAAAGAUCUGUGAACGCGUUCAUCGGUCAGCAAAAGCAAAAGAGAAGUUAGCUGAGCUGCAAAAAGAGUAUGAGUUGCCUCAGCAUCAGCUUAUUCAAGAUGUUCCAUCAAAAUGGAAUACAUCAUUUCAUAUGCUUGAACGUCUUAUUGAACAGAAGAGAGCAAUUGAUGAAAUGUCAAUAGAGUGCAGCUUUAGGGAGCUAAUAAGUUGUGACCAGUGGGAAGUUAUGCAGUCAGUGUGUCAUGCUCUCAAACCUUUUGAAGCAGCAAGUAGGGAAAUGAGUACACACAUGUCUACCUUAAGCCAGGUGAUUCCAAUGAUUCACAUACUUAACAGGAAAAUAGAAAUGUUGUUUGAGGAAACAAUGGGCAUAGAUACCAUGCUGAAAUCUUUGAAAGAAGCUAUGGUGAGUAGGUUGUCCUCCACACUUCAUGAUCCAAGGUACAUUUUUGCUACACUUCUGGAUCCCCGCUAUAAAACAUCCCUAUUUACAGAAGAGGAGGCUGAACAAUAUAAACAAGACUUAAUCAGGGAGCUGGAAAUAAUGAGUUCUACCUCAGAUGAUGAUAAACCUGUUUCCAAUGGAUGUGAUAUAGGUUCACCAUCUACAAAUUCAUAUGGGGAAGAUAAUCUUUGGUCACUCAUGGGUGACAUGAAGAAAACAAAAGACCUGAAAGAGAGGGCAAAGUUACCAGAGGAAAUGGUGCUUUCUUACUUGGAGGAAGAAGUGCUUGAGCAUAACUGUGAUCCUUUAACUUACUGGAACUUUAAGAAGUCAUCAUGGCCAGUACUGUCAAAAUUGGCUGUCAGGUUCUUAGGUUGUCCACCAAGCAUUGUUCCUUCAGAGAGAUUGUUCAAUACAUCCAAUGAAAGCAACAGCUUUAGUCAGUCAAGGCUAAUGGUUGAACACUUUGAAAAGCUUAUCUUUUUGAAAGUGAAUCUUCCUUUAAUAUACUUCCAGUAUUGAAACUAAUGAACAAACUGCUAGACUGAAUCUAUUGUUGCUCACUGGAUAUUAACUAUCUAUAACCUGGAUUGUUAAAUUGCUCCAAUAGGGGCCAUGUAUGACAUCUAAUCAGUGACUAUAAUUCCAAAUUUUAGUUUCCUUUUUUCAGCUUUCAAUAUGUCUACAUGUGCCUUAUUCAUAGUACUUCAGGCCAGAUAUUGUAUAUAUGUUUUUUAAAAGUUCACACUAGAGAUAGCCUGUCUUGUCAAUUAUACAAAAUUAUGUAGGUUUUAAUCCAUAAUUGUAAAUGAACUUUAAAAAAGCUCAGUCAUUUGUUUUAAUAGAAUGGCAAAAAAAGAUGUAAACAGUUCUAUUCUGUAGUUUUUUAUUCAAUUAUUAUGUAAAAACCAUAAACCAGGUACUGUAUUUUAGUUGAACAUUGCUUUAAUUGCAACAAAACAGCUUUUGUAGAUGUCAAGAGAAAGCUGUAUAUAAAAGAUGGGGUUAAAGCCAUCUUUUUAUCUUGUGGUGUUUUCUUAACUGCAAGCCCUAAAGUACUUAAAGAAUUAAGAAUUAUUGAGGAAGAUGUGUUUACAGGAGACUAUUGACUUAGUAUCUGAAAAUAAAAUUGAGAUGAUAUGGAAUGACACAGGAAUCAGUAGUAAAACUUCCCAUUCUGGGUUCUCCUGUUCAGGUUUUACAUUGUAACUGAACUACAGAAAUAUUCUGGGUAUUUAUAAAAGCUCUUUGGAAGUUUUAUCAAAGUUUGUGAAUUAAUGCUUGUUAUUUAAUGCCAUGUACAAAAAAAAAAAAAAGGGCAAGAAAUUUACAGUGAACACUCUAAUGUCAUUCUAAAGCCUUUUCUAAUCUUUAGUGCAUCAAAAUUAUAAGGUUCCCUAUUGUAAAAAUUGAACCCUUAUUCCUAAUGUAACUUCAAUUGUCUAGAACAACCUGUCUUAAAGUUCCUAGUACAAAAAUAACUGAUCUUCUGAUUUUCAGGAAUAGCCUUAUGGAUAUGGUGCACUACUUAGAAUUUUGUGUAGUAGGGUUGAUUCAUAACUGUCAGUGUCCAGCAGGCAAAUAGGAUAUCAUAGCACCCUCAAAACUUCAAGUAAGGAGGAAAAAAAAUAGCCAGCAUUUUAAUUUGAAAGGAAUGUUCUCCAUGGUUUUUUAACUUUAGAAAGAUUAAUUCUCAUUUCAGUUUUCAUUAAAUACUUUUUGGGAAACAAGUCAUCAUUUGCCUAUGACCUUUUAGAAAAGUUGUAGCUUUGUUAAAAUACUGUACCUAUGCCUAAUCUAAUUUUGCAUUUACUAUGUUUUAGUGUAUUUAUAAAUGGUGAACUCAGUUUCUGAAAUUAAACAUUUUAUUUGCAAUUUUCUA